AAUGCACCAAUCAAAAAUUGCAAAUAAAUUUGACCUACUUUUGGAAACACGGAAAUGAGGAUGACACAGGUAACCUUAGCCUUAUUUGGCAGAAAAGAGAAACCACCACAACAGCCAGUGGUGGCUUAAAUAGUAUGGAUCACAAUCACAACUAUGAUUGUGUCCCAGAUGCAAAAUAUCACGACUAUAUACAACACAAUCUUGACCGCCUGAAAGAAAAAUGCUCCAAGUUAACUGACUGCAUUGAUAAACUUUUGGAAGAGGAGAAUGCUAUUGUUGUUCUCAAGGGAGAUAAUAUUAGUCUUAAUAAAACUUGUGGGCUUAUCUACAAACCAGAAAAUGGAAAUUACACCACUCUAAGAGGAAAGUGCAGUCCAAUUGAACGUGAAGAAAUUCGAUCAGAUAUUGAAGAUGGCCUGAAUGAUAUGCUUGAUAAAAAUCGAACAUGGAAAAAUGUCAAUACAUGUUUAAAGAAUAGAUAUGGGGAUAUCGAGAGAACAACUAGAGUGGAAGAAGUUUGCUUGUUGGCAAAAAAUAGAAAAGAAAUAUGCAAUAAUACUACAACACAUAAAACAGUGGAAAGAUUCUUCAAUUCAGAAAUUCAAAAUCUUCAAUGUAGGUGUCAGCUGCUAGAGCAUGAAGGGGAAGAAAAUGAAACCUCCUCAAAUGAAAUGUCAACAGGGGCAAUAAUUGGCAUUGGAAUUGCAUGCUUUGUAGUUCUUGUUGCCAUCUUUUGUCUUAUAUUUUUUUGUUACAGACGAAAACAUUUAAAAAAGAGCAAAAAUAAACCCAAUGUUGUGUACAUGGCUCCUCCUGGACAAGAUGCUGUUUAUCAGGAACUCUUUGAUGACAAAAUAUAUAAAGGGUUUCCUCCCAACCAACCUCCAAACUUACCAUCACGCUAUGUACAACAUUCACAAAUUCAAGAUGAUUCUGGUUACUUAGAACCUGUUAUGGCUGGAAUGAAAUACAGACCCAUGCCACCAAUACCUGGGCAAGCUUCAAAUCCAGGAUAUGAAAGUCCUCCUCGUUACAGCCAAUAUGAGAAAGAUACAGCAACUCCUGAGGUAGACACUGAAAAUGGAUACUUUAAACCUCUUCCAGAGCCAUCUAGUGGCACUCUUAAUGCUCAAGCUGACUCAGAUAAAGAGAGGUCGGAGAACAGUGGAUAUGAACCGCUUAGUGGCUCACGGUCAAGUCUUCCUUUGGAAGAUGCACCAGUCCCAGAAGCCCCUAUCCCUGCUAAGAGAAGUAAAUCUGGAAAUAAAUCAGAAGAGUCUCAUUAUUUUGAACUAGAGAAUGGUGGGGCUAGUAAGGAAGAUAGAAAUACUGUCUAAUUAAAGGAAAACAAAGAGCCUAAUUAAUAAAAUUUACAAAAAUAAACAUUAAUAUCUUAUAUAAUACAGAUGUUACUUCAAAAAAGAAGAUGAUUACGUCCCAUGUAUAUUAACUAAUAACCUAAAUUCUGCUGAGUCACUGGUUUUCCUGGCAAGCUCAAUUAUUGUAAUUCAGGAAAGAAAGUUACUUGUAAUAUUAUCUAUAGUUACUUAUUUAAGUAAACAUAUCUGAAAGGUGCUUGAUGUCAGUACAGCUAAGAUAAUUUUAAAUAAUAUUAAAAAAAUGUCUGAAUUAUUAUUAUGACUUCUGAUUAAAUUACUGCUUAAUAUAUCUUUACAUAAAUAUCUCUUUUAUGUCUAUAUCAAAAUCUUAGUUAUUUUAAGUCCUAAAUGAGCCUUACAUGAGAUUGAUUGGGCUUUUUCUAUAAGAACAUUCAAUCAUUUUACUUUUUAAGUAAAUUAAGGGCAGCUAUGUGAUGUUCAAAUUUUAUAAGGUUUGACUGUAUCUGUUAAAAGUUUUGAAUUCUUUGAUUGUUAGAAAAUGUAAAAUGCUUUUAUGUGAACCUUUAUUUUUAAAUUAAUGGUGCAGUCCAAUUUUUCUCAAACUACUGCCAACAACUUAAUUUAAAAUUGCAUCACUUGAAGCCUAUUUACUAAUUUAAUAUUUUAUUUUAACACUGGCUCAAUAGCAAAAGAAUUUUCCUUCCAAAAACAAUUCAAUAUCUCUUCCUGUUUUAUCGUUCAUUGAGGCAUAAUUAUAAAUACCUUUUUCAGUCUUGAGCUUGUUCUUGCCGAAUGUGCGUCAAGUUCAAUGAAACUUCAAUUUUUCUAUUAACUCUGUUCUAUAUUAAAUAUAUUUAUAUGUAUUAACAUUUUUUCAGUCUUCAUUCCUUUGUAUUUUAUUAACUCAAUUUUCUUAUUACAAUUUGUAAGAUUUUUUCAGACUUCUGUAUAUUUGAAAAGUUUUUUGUGGCUUACAUGGAUAAACCUAUUUCCAUUGGACAUUCCGUUGCCUUGAAUAAUUUUAGUCUAUCUUUAUCUGCAUCAUCAUCUUUUUUUUUAAAGAUUGUAUGCACUAGCCAUAUUUAUCAAAAAUGUAGAAAUCAAGAAAAAUAAGCUUCGUUCUUCUGUCUCAUAGAAGAAAUGAAGUACAUGACAGGCUUGUUUAAUAAUUGUUUUAACUUAGAACAGGGGUUCUAAAACUUUUUAGCUAUACCACAUGGUCCUUUAGCUUCAAUGUACUUGCUGCAUUCCCCUUUUAUAUUUAAAAAAAUAACAUAAUACAACAUAGUUAUGGUAAUUUUAUUCCAGUUAUUAACAUUAACUUAUUAACCAAAGUAAAAAGAACAACUAAUGUUCUUUUUUUUUUUUGUAGACUGCCAAAUUAAAAAAAAAAAAGAUGUAUUAGAUGAAAAGUUGAUAUUUAGUCCAUCCAAAUAAAAUAAAAGCAGCUCCCCUGUCCGAACCCUUUUUUUUGUUAAUAAAAUUAUUGUUUUGUUUUUUUCCCAGCCUAAAGUGAAAUAUGAGCCGUCUUGAGUAGCCUCUUUGUCAAGAACUGGAAUACCUUUAAUUAGGAAAACUAAAGUCUUAAGAUUUGUAUUGGUAAAGCUUUCCAUUCUAGCUCAGUCGGGUUUCUUUGCAAGAGUUUUCAUGUAACAUCUAUUCAAUACAAAAUAUUGGGUUUUAUAUUGACUGUGAAAUUAGACUUUUUUUAUAGUCCUCAUCAAAGAGUUAAUUAGGCUGCUAAUCCUAGUUAAAAACCCUACUGUAAAUUUAUAUUUUACUUUUAUAUAGGAUAAUAUUGCAUUUAAUUAUAACUUAACAGGAAAUGCCAUUUUUUAUUGAUUUUUUUUUUGUUAUAUGAAUAAUUCAUUACACUAUUUUUAUUACAGUAAGUAGUUGGACUUGUACUACUUUCUUUUAAUAUUCAAACUGGAUUUGGUCAAUGUAUCAUAAAAUAGUAAUAUUUGUUUUCUCUGCAUCCAUUGGUUGUAUUGUUAUUUGAGUAAAAAAAAAUAAUUUUUUAACUAGAUCUGACUUUCAUGUUCACGCAUGAGACUCAAAAUUUCACUUUACAUUUUGAACCAUCAAUCUUAAUGAAAUUAUUCUUUUUGAAUU